AUGCAAAUUCCGAAAGAUCUACGAAAUCUUUUAGCAUUGCAGAGUUUAAAUUUAUCCUUCAAUAAUCUUGAGGGAGAGGUACCAAUAAAAGAAAUUUUUGGAAAUGCGAGUGCAAUUUUAGUGAAUGGAAAUGAUCACCUUUGUGGAGGACUUGCAGAGUUACAAUUGCCUACAUGCACAAACCAAAGAUCUACGAAAUGGACAAAGUCCAAAGCUUUUAGAAUGGUUUUGGCAACAAUCGGUGUGGUUCUUGAUUCUGAUGGUUUUGGCUCUGUAUACAAAGGGAUUAUUAACCAAGAUGAAACAAUUGUUGCAGUCAAGGUACUCAACCUUCAAAAUCCAAAAGUUUACAAAAGCUUUAUGGCUGAAUGCAAAGCAUUAAGAAACAUUCGGCAUCGAAAUCUUGUCAAGAUUUUGACUUCAUGUUCAAGUCUUGAUUUGAAAGACAAAGAUUUUAAAGCCCUUAUUUAUGAGUUAGUGCCCAAUGGGAGUCUGGAUGAUUGGUUGCAUUUGCCAGUGGAUACAUAUAAUCAUUCAAGAAAUUUAAGCCUUUUUCAAAGAUUAAACAUCGCAAUUGAUGUGGCUUUUGCAUUGAAUUACCUUCAUCAUAAUUGUUAUGUGUCAAUUGUUCAUUGUGACUUAAAGCUAAGCAAUGUUCUACUUGACAGUGAUAUUACUGCACAUGUCAACGAUUUUGGUUUGGCGAAGCUAGUUUUAGAACCUGAUGACAAUCUACUUUUAGAACCUGAUGACAACCUGUCCCAAACUCAAACUAAAUAUGGCCUGGGUGCCAGGGCAACCAUACAAGGGGAUGUGUUCAGUUAUGUGAUCCUUUUAUUGGAGAUGUUCACAGGAAAAAGGCCAACAGACCAUAUGUUUACUGAUGACUUAAAUCUCCGUAACUUUGCAAAGGAAGCUUUACCUGUGCACGUUAUGCAAAUUUUAGAUCCAACACUCCUACCCAAAGAAGAAGAAAGUGAAGAAAUUGAAGAGUAUGCUGUCAACAGAACUGAAGGCCCUAGUCAUAGGACAAAUAAAUUGCAAGAUUGCAUAACAUCAAUAAUUGAAAUUGCACUCCAAUGUUCCAUGGAAUCUUCAAAAGAUCGUAUGAAUAUGAAUGGUGUUGUGAUGGGACUACAUUCAAUCAGAGAAAAUUUUUCUUGA